CAGGAUAUUCAUGGCAUUUUCUGGGACCACAAGACCUGCCCCUUCCUGCGCUUUCACGACGGCCAAGGUGGCGACGCCGCUCCUGCUACUCGUGCAUGCUCUCUAUAUUAUGUCCUCCCUUGGGGUCGGCGCCUUUGUCUUGCCCACAUCCACCGGCAUUUCCACCUCCAGAACACCUAUGACGAUUCAGCCCCGAGCCCGGACAGACCUGGCUCACAAGCCUCGGAGCAACGUGGUGAUGAUGCCGGCCUCCGAGCCCGCCGUGCCAUAUAAGGCACCAGGGACAGAUUAUCAUAGGUAUGUUGGCAUUUAUCAACGACUGUACUACGAUCGCGUUCUGCUUUGCGGACAGUUCAUCGACGAUCGAGUGGCGAAUCAGAUCAUGUCGAUUCUCUGGUACCUGCACAACGAGGACAAGCACAAGCCUAUUUACAUGUACUUCAACGUGCCAGGGGCCAUGCUACGACCUGCUCUGAGCGUCUUCGACACAAUGCAAGCGAUGAGCAAUGAGAUAGAGACGAUCAAUAUCGGUCUCACCACGGGCAUGGGCGGCUUUCUCUGCGCGGCCGGGACGCACGGGAGAAGGUUUGCCCUGCCGAACUCGAGAUUUUUAAUGCAGAAGACGGGCUUCGAGGAGCAAGUGUACGGCCAGGCUAGUGACAUCAUUUUGGAGGUGGAGAGCACCGUCAGGGAGAAUCAACGUUUUUUAAAGGAGCUCGCGCGCUUGACCGGGCGAGCCCCUGAGACUAUCGUCGACGACUUUGCUCGCGACUUUUACCUGUCCGCAGAGGAGAGUGUGGAGUACGGCAUGGUGGACCAGGUGAUCAUACCCGGACAUAAGGACGCGUUGGCAGUGACGGACGGAGAGGUGGGCUUCGGGCGCUUUGUGUCCGGGAGUGAUCAAAGGUACCAACCGCAAUUCGCGCCGCAAGCGUGGAGCUAGGGUGAGAGAGACACUGGGGCAUCGCCGCUCGCGGGUCUUACCAAAAAGAAAAAUAAGCACGAUGUA